AUGGCCUCCGGAACCCUCGUCACCUGUCUCGCCGGCGUCGGAGCAGCCGCCGUGCUCCGGGUUCUAUACUGGGCAUCGCAAUUCGUCCUCUACCACUUCUGGCGCCCUUCCAAAUCCCUCACAGCCUACAAGCGCGCCAGCGGUGACAGCUACGCCCUCAUCACCGGAGCCAGCGCCGGCAUCGGUCUCGCCAUCGCCCGCGCCAUCGUCCGUCAAGGCUUCGGUGUUGUCCUCCUCGGCCACCUCCCAGACGAACUUGCCUCGGCCGCCAAAAGUCUCAAUUCCCCGCUUGUGCGCACCCUCGUCGUCAAUGCCCGCACCGCGACCCCGGAGGAGCUCUCGGCAGCGGUCGAGUCCAUUUCGGACCUUAAUAUCUCCAUUCUCGUCAACAAUGUCGGCGGUUUUCCCAUGGCUGAUCCGCCGAUCCGACCUCUCAGCACCCUCAGCACUGCCGAGUUGGAUGGUUUCGUUGACAUGAACGCCCGUUCAUGGCACGUCUGACGAAUUUCGUCUUGCCGCUUCUUUCAUCAAAAUCGACAAGACAAAAUCACGAGCGGUCGUUAAUUCUCAAUGUUUCUUCGGCUGGCCGUGUUGGAAUGCCAUGGAUCGUCAUGUACAGCGCCACCAAAGCCUUCAACUACGCCUUCAGCAUGGGUCUGUCGCGCGAGCUCGAGGAUGGUCCUGCCACAGCCCACAUCGACUGCCGCGCUGUUACGCUAGGCGAGGUGCAGAGCCAGGCCAAUGUUAUGGCAGAGGGUGCCGUUA